UCCCUGCACCAAGCGCUUAACCUCAUUGGGGUGGAGGAGAAGGCGGCGGCUGUCUGUCCCGCAGCUGCAGCAGUAGCGAAUAAUGUGGCUGAUAAAUUCAAAGAAGUGAGAUUAUUGGGUGACUUUUGAUAUAAUUGCCUGCCUGCUGACCAGAAGGUUGUACCAGUUAAUAAUUUUCCCAGCAAUCUAAGGAUGUACCAGUUUCACAAAACUUUUGCCAACUUCUGAUGGGAUACAUGGAUGUUUGUGUGUGUUACAGCUUUGCUGCUUGACAUAUGAGAGAUACUUAGUAAAUAAUGGAUUGUUAAGUUAUGAAGUAUUUUGGACCAAUAGUAGAACAUCAUUCUGCCACUCACUGCUUUAUCUCCUACUAGUUAUUUAAAUUGGACUUUUAAUAUCCUACCAGCUGCUCUUCAGACACACAUGGUGCAUUGUUGCCAUUCCCUGGAUUGCAUCUUUGAAGCACAGGCUUUCAGUAACCUUCAGCAAACAAAGAGGCAACCUCCUGGGCACGUUAACUGGGAGGGUGUCACCCUGACUGCCCUCUAGCUUUUGCUGGAUCUGGAUUUGAAUUCUACCAUGGAGCCUCGCAUGGAGUCCUGCCUGGCACAGGUGUUGCAGAAGGAUGUGGGGAAACGACUGCAGGUUGGCCAAGAACUUAUAGACUAUUUCUCAGACAAACAGAAGUCUGCUGACCUUGAACAUGACCAGACCAUGCUAGAUAAACUUGUGGAUGGACUUGCUACGUCUUGGGUGAACUCUAGCAAUUACAAGGUGGUCCUCCUGGGCAUGGACAUCCUGUCCGCGCUGGUCACCCGGCUGCAGGACCGGUUCAAGGCGCAGAUCGGCACAGUGCUGCCAAGUUUAAUAGACAGACUGGGAGAUGCUAAAGACUCUGUGAGAGAGCAAGACCAAACUCUGCUGCUAAAGAUCAUGGAUCAAGCUGCUAACCCCCAGUAUGUAUGGGACCGAAUGCUGGGAGGCUUCAAGCAUAAGAACUUCCGGACCCGGGAAGGCACGUGUCUCUGCCUUGUUGCCACACUCAAUGCCUCUGGAGCACAUACUUUAACAUUAAGCAAGAUUGUACCACAUAUAUGUAACUUACUUGGAGAUCCAAAUAGCCAGGUUCGAGAUGCAGCAAUAAACAGCUUAGUGGAAAUUUACAGACACGUAGGAGAACGUGUGAGGGCAGAUCUCAGUAAAAAAGGAUUGCCUCAGUCCCGAUUGAAUGUAAUUUUUACAAAAUUUGAUGAAGUCCAAAAAUCUGGAAACAUGAUACAAACUGCAAAUGAUAAAAAUUUUGAUGAUGAAGAGUCUGUGGAUGGUAAUAGGCCUUCCUCUGCCAGUUCUACAUCAUCCAAAGCCCCACCAAGCUCACGGAGGAACGUUGGAAUGGGGACCACCCGCCGGCUUGGAUCAUCUUCUCUUGGAUCCAAGUCUUCAGCUGCAAAAGAAGGAGCUGGUGCUGUUGAUGAAGAGGACUUUAUUAAAGCAUUUGAUGAUGUACCUGUAGUGCAGAUUUAUUCUAGCCGAGACCUUGAAGAAUCCAUAAACAAGAUUAGGGAAAUAUUAUCUGAUGACAAGCAUGAUUGGGAGCAAAGAGUAAAUGCUCUAAAAAAGAUUAGAUCUUUACUUUUGGCUGGCGCGGCCGAAUAUGAUAACUUCUUUCAGCAUUUGCGUCUUCUGGAUGGAGCUUUUAAACUAUCUGCUAAGGAUCUGCGGUCUCAGGUAGUGCGGGAGGCUUGUAUCACGCUGGGGCAUCUAUCAUCAGUUCUGGGAAAUAAGUUUGACCAUGGAGCUGAAGCCAUUAUGCCAACUAUCUUUAAUUUAAUUCCAAACAGUGCCAAAAUUAUGGCCACUUCUGGUGUUGUAGCUGUUAGGUUGAUCAUUCGGCACACUCACAUCCCUAGGCUCAUACCUGUCAUAACAAGCAACUGUACCUCUAAGUCUGUCGCAGUUAGAAGGCGCUGUUUUGAGUUUUUAGAUUUACUUUUACAAGAAUGGCAGACACAUUCACUGGAACGACACAUAUCAGUAUUAGCUGAAACAAUAAAGAAAGGAAUACAUGACGCUGAUUCUGAAGCAAGGAUAGAAGCCAGAAAGUGUUACUGGGGUUUCCACAGUCACUUCAGCAGGGAAGCAGAGCACUUAUACCACACCUUGGAGUCCUCCUACCAGAAAGCCCUGCAGUCCCAUUUGAAGAACUCAGACAGCAUCGUGUCUCUGCCCCAAUCUGAUCGUUCAUCUUCUAGCUCUCAAGAGAGUCUCAACCGGCCACUCUCUGCCAAAAGAAGUCCUACUGGAAGUACCACCUCUAGAGCCUCCACAGUUAGUACCAAAUCAGCGUCAACGACUGGUUCCCUCCAGCGGUCUCGAAGUGACAUUGACGUGAAUGCAGCGGCCAGUGCCAAGUCCAAAGUCUCCUCAGCUUCAGGCACCACACCCUUCAGCUCUGCAGCAGCCUUGCCUCCUGGGUCAUACGCAUCCUUAGGUCGGAUCCGCACGAAGCGGCAGAGCUCUGGGAGUGCCACCAACGUUGCCUCUGUACCUGAUACUCGAGGCCGCAGUCGCGCUAAAGUGGUUUCACAGUCCCAGCGAUCCAGAUCUGCUAAUCCCGCUGGUGCUGGCAGCCGGUCAAGUUCCCCAGGGAAAUUGUUGGGAAGUGGUUACAGUGGCCUGACUGGGGGUUCUUCAAGAGGCCCACCUGUGACACCCUCUUCCGAAAAGCGAAGCAAGAUUCCCAGGAGUCAGGGAUGUAGCCGAGAAACAAGUCCAAACCGUAUAGGAUUAGCACGGAACAGCCGUAUCCCUCGACCCAGCAUGAGUCAGGGGUGCAGCCGCAACACCAGCCGUGAGAGCAGCCGUGAUACAAGCCCUGCUCGGGGCUUCCCUCCACUUGCGUCUCGACGUCAUUCCAGGUCCACUAGUGCUCUCUCCACUGCUAAAUCUGUUGGGCAGUCAGAUCGGUUUGGGCUUGGCCCAGCAGGAAGAGUUCCCGGUGCUGGGAGUGCCAUGCGGGCUCUGAGCACAAGCGCUGACCUCGAAGCUGCUGUUGCCGAUGCUUUGCUGUUAGGAGACUCCAGGAGCAAGAAGAAGCCUGUGAGGAGGAGAUAUGAGCCAUAUGGGAUGUAUUCUGAUGAUGAUGCCAACAGUGAUGCCUCAAGUGUUUGCUCUGAGCGCUCAUAUGGUUCCAGGAAUGGUGGCAUUCCCCAUUACCUGCGGCAGACCGAGGAUGUAGCUGAAGUUCUCAACCACUGUGCUAGUUCAAACUGGUCAGAAAGGAAAGAAGGGCUUCUGGGCCUGCAGAACUUACUGAAGAGCCAAAGAACACUGAGUCGAGUAGAAUUGAAAAGAUUGUGUGAGAUCUUCACCCGCAUGUUUGCUGACCCUCAUAGCAAGGUUUUCAGUAUGUUUUUGGAGACUCUUGUGGAUUUUAUAAUAAUUCAUAAGGAUGACUUGCAAGACUGGCUUUUUGUCCUUCUCACACAAUUACUUAAGAAAAUGGGAGCAGAUUUACUUGGAUCUGUGCAAGCAAAAGUUCAGAAGGCUCUAGAUGUCACAAGGGAUUCCUUUCCAUUUGAUCAACAAUUUAACAUUUUGAUGAGAUUUAUUGUGGAUCAAACUCAAACUCCUAACCUCAAGGUCAAAGUUGCAAUCCUGAAGUACAUUGAAUCUCUCGCUAGGCAGAUGGAUCCGACAGAUUUUGUGAACUCCAGUGAGACAAGGCUUGCAGUUUCUAGAAUUAUAACCUGGACAACAGAACCAAAGAGUUCAGAUGUGAGAAAGGCAGCACAGAUUGUGCUAAUCUCUCUGUUUGAAUUGAACACUCCUGAAUUUACCAUGUUACUUGGUGCCUUGCCAAAAACAUUCCAGGAUGGUGCCACCAAACUCCUGCAUAGCCACCUCAAGAAUUCCAGUAACACCAGUGUGGGCUCUCCAAGCAAUACAAUUGGCCGGACUCCAUCCCGACACACCAGCAGCAGGACCAGCCCCCUGACCUCACCCACCAACUGUUCCCAUGGGGGCCUGUCUCCAAGUCGGUUGUGGGGCUGGAGUGCUGAUGGGUUAUCGAAGCACCCCCCUCCCUUUUCUCAGCCUAACUCCAUCCCCAUCGCUCCCUCCCACAAGACUCUCAGGCGCUCUUCCUCUCCCAGCAUGCUGGACUAUGAUACAGAAAACCUGAAUUCUGAAGAAAUCUAUAGUUCUUUGCGUGGAGUUACAGAAGCCAUUGAAAAAUUUAGCUUUCGAAGCCAAGAGGAUCUGAAUGAACCAAUUAAACGAGAUGGCAAAAAGGACUGUGAUAUUGUGUCCCGUGAUGGUGGAGUUCCCUCCCCUGCCACUGAGGGCCGAGGUGGCAGCGAUGUGGUGGAAGGAGGCAGAAUGGCUCUGGACAACAAGACCUCCCUCCUCAACACGCAGCCUCUGCGUGCCUUCCCAGGGCCACGGGUACGAGACUACAACCCAUAUCCCUACUCAGACACCAUCAACACCUAUGACAAGACUGCCCUGAAGGAGGCUGUGUUUGACGAUGACAUGGAGCAGCUUCGAGAUGUGCCCAUUGACCAUUCUGACUUGGUGGCCGACCUUCUGAAAGAGCUGUCCAACCACAACGAGCGGGUAGAGGAACGGAAAGGCGCUCUGCUGGAGCUGCUCAAGAUCACACGGGAAGACAGCCUAGGCGUCUGGGAGGAGCACUUUAAGACCAUUCUGCUCUUGCUGUUGGAGACACUUGGAGACAAAGACCAUUCCAUCCGAGCACUGGCACUGAGAGUUUUACGAGAAAUUCUGAGAAACCAGCCAGCAAGAUUUAAAAACUAUGCUGAACUGACGAUAAUGAAGACUCUGGAAGCCCACAAAGACUCCCAUAAGGAGGUGGUGAGGGCUGCUGAGGAGGCCGCAUCCACACUGGCCAGUUCCAUCCACCCGGAGCAGUGCAUCAAAGUGCUCUGCCCCAUCAUCCAGACAGCCGACUACCCCAUCAAUCUCGCCGCCAUCAAGAUGCAGACCAAAGUCGUUGAGAGGAUCGCCAGGGAGUCCCUGCUGCAGCUCCUUGCCGACAUCAUCCCAGGCUUGCUGCAGGGUUAUGACAACACUGAAAGUAGUGUGCGUAAGGCCAGCGUGUUUUGUUUAGUGGCAAUCUAUUCUGUAAUUGGAGAAGAGCUGAAACCUCACCUCGCCCAGCUCACAGGAAGCAAGAUGAAGUUACUAAACCUAUAUAUAAAGAGGGCCCAAACCACGAACAGCAACAGCAGCUCGUCCUCCGACGUCUCCACACACAGCUAAUGGCACCGCCAGGGUGUCUUUGUGUAGCCCUGGAAGCAGAUGGUGGUGCCUCUCAGAGACCUCUUCCUUCCCCUCCCCUUCAUCAGCUGCCCAGUCAGUACAAGGAGGCCCACAAAUAUUUAUUACAAUCAGUAUUUUGGUCCCUUCCAGCUUUUGUGUAGAAUCUUACUGUUAUUGAAUGUAAAGGAAGCAAGGCCUGUAUUGUAGUCUUCACAUGAAACAAAAUGAAUAAGAACAGAGCCAUACUUAGCACAUCUCACACAGCCUGCUGCUGCCAUUAGCCAUGUGUGUGAGGUGCAGUUCAGGAAAACCAGAGCUCUCUCGCCGGUACUCACUAGCAAGUAGCAUUUUCUCUUCAGUUAGUGACUGAUUUGAAGAGGGUGUGUUAAUUUGUGUCUGUUUUUCAUCUUAGCUUACUUUCUUAAGGAUCUGGCCUGUGGGGCAGACUCCAAUUCCUUCCCAACUGAUACCAUGAAAGGGUUGUACAUCUCUAAGUUGUAUUUUGAGCCCACUAAGAAUGUGAAUCCGAUCUUGGCAGGAAAUGGAGAAAAGCCUGAAGACAGUCUCUUAACAAACACGUGGAGUUUUGCUUUAAUAUUUAGACUGAGGACUAACUGCUCUCACUUUUAGUUUAGAAGGGCACCCUCCAUGUCUCCUUCCAGGACAGGCUCCCAGCCCCUCUGAACAACUCCACUGAUGUUGUCCCCACCCCAGAGCUGCCACUUAAAAGAAUUCUUGAAGUUUAAUAAAUACAAACACAAAAGUCAAAAUAGAUUGAUAGCAUCACUUAGUAGAUGCCUAAAAUGGCAUUUCAUGAAGCAUAGAAGAUACAGAGCAGUCUAACUACUCAGAUCUCGGGGAGACACUGCUUUAGCAAGGCCCCUUCCGCCCCAGCACAUGGUGAUCAGACGGGGCACCAACUUUUCCCCUCCUCCCCCCUUUGCCUAAGCUGCUCAGCUCUCAGUGUUCUCAUCAGUCUGGUAAAUGGCAACCCUACCAUCCCAGUUUCGGCUUUUAAGAUCAAAGAAAAGUCUAGAGAGAGCCAGUAUCAGGAUCAUUUUUUAUUAAUUUUGUAGACUGAAGUACUUCCUUGAUCACCUGUUGAAAUAGUCCUUGUUUGAGGAAAAAGUUAUGGUGAGUGGCAAAUCGCAGAAAAAGAGGAUUCGAAACAUAGUUUUAGAGUUUGUUUCCUUUUUUUCAAUGAGAAAUUACCUGAGAAACUACCCCUUUAAAAAAUGUAUUAAGGGCUUGAUUACUCCAAUAAAAGUAAGUAGAUUUGGAGUCUGGUUAACUUAGUUUUGAGUAAAAUUCUUAAAGCCAAAUGGAAAAUACAGUAAGAAACUGCUUACUGUGCUGUUUUAGAUUCUUUAAAUUGAGCUGAUUUUUCCGCAAGGAAAUGCCUAUUCUGAUGUUAAUUUUUAAUGAGAUGUUUGUUCCCAUGCGAAGGCCCUACUGCUGCUCCCUGAAAAGCAGACUGUGUGGUUCUUCCCACUGAUCUCCACAGACUCCCUCUUCUCUGACCCUGCAGCUUUUUGAUGUUGGAAGUUGUAAAAAAACAAUAUAGAAAACAUAACUUUCCUUCAGAAUUUAUUUUAGAUACUUCGUUUGGAAAUAGGCACUGAAAAUGAAGGUCCAGGAACAGUGAGGCCAGGGUGCCUUCACUGAAGGAGGUGUGUGCGUGUGUGCAUGUCCCGCCAGGGUAGGAGUAUCUUGCACAUGUAGGAAGUACCUCGCUGCUGUUAGGGGAACUUCAGGGGUGCAUUUUAAGUUGUUAAAUAUUAUUGACUUAUUUUUAGCUCAAAACAUAGCAAAACCAGGCCUUAUUUUUGUUGAUAGGUACCAUUUGUUUGUUAAUGUUUCACUAAUGGGAUUUCCUUUUUACCCUGUACAAGUGAGUCAAAGCACCUUUGGAUUACUCCUGUGUUGUACAAGCGUGCACUCUGGCUAGGUUAUUGAUGAGUUCUUUUAUGCCUAAUGCAUUUAAAAAGGCCUCCCUUCUUCAGCUCGUUGACUCACGGUCUCCAUGGUCUGUAGUUGGGAAGAACCUUGACCUUGCCAGAUACCCUCAUAGUACUCACAGAGGGCUAGCCUUGAAGGUCAUUCGCCUGGCCUUCAACCUCCUGACUUAGAGAUACAAUCACUCACAGGUCUCUUGGCCUCAAUCAGAACUACCGCCUGCUGCCUCCACCUUCCUGCAGGGCUCCUGUCUGGAUGAAACACCACAAAAGAGCAAAACAACCAAAACUGUUUGCUUCCCUGUGCACCUGAUGGUCCAGGGUGCCCAAAACUCACCCGACCCCAUGGACAAGGUGGGACAGCUGCUCCCACUUACCCUCAAGCUGCUGCCAUUCCUGUUGAAGCCCCCGUGCAUCCCACAGGCGCAGGCGAAGAUGCGGCUCCCUGCAAGAGCACUAGUGUGCUUCUCCAGACCCGGCGCCCGCAGCCCACCCUGGGGCUGCCUUUCUCUGGCUCAUCCUUAGCUUCUCAUACCCUGUGCAGGUAAUGCAACUGAUUUCUAUCUUAUGCAUCUUUUUCUUUCCCUGCCACCCUUUAUUUAUCAAGCAUAAUAUUACAAUCAAAGAACAGCAAAUAAGAACUUGUAGAAUCCCACCAGGACUUUGCCAGCAGUGAUGUUUGGAGAUAGCAAACGAAAUGCUCUGAAAAAUAUUGGCUACCAACAUAGUUCUGUUGGCACUGUAUUCGCAUGCAUGGACCCCACAUCCCCAGGUUGGAUUUUUGUUUUUUGUUUUUGUUUUUUGGGGGCUUUUUCAUGUCACAUCCAUAUCUGUAUUUAUAUCUCAUUUGUUUCACUUUCAAGUGUAUCAUGGCAAAUGUACAGACUUUUUUUGUUAAUAAUGUGCUAGGAUUUGCUAAAAAAGAAAACACAAAAAAAAAUCCUUUUGAGUUUGCCCUAGAAUAAAUGAAACAAUUCAU